GAGUGCCCUCUUUCUGCAGCAGUUAUGUUCCACCGAGCCUGGCAGCUCUGUGGGAAGUGGUGCCGUUGGUCCAGCCCUUUCAUCCAUCUCCUCACCCUGACUGUGGUGACUUUUGGUGUGCUGGCACCUUUGAUCUGCCACCGGCUCCUGCACUCUUACUUCUACCUGCGGCGCUGGCACCUGAACCCCAUGAGCCGGGAGUUCCUGGAGCAGAACCAGCAGGAGGGCCAGGAUGCUCUCCAUUACUUUGAGAAGAUGCAGAUGCCAAACGCCUCUGAGGCCUCCAGCAGUGACGCCUUCCAGCCCUUGCUGCUGAUCACCAUUAUCACUGUGCAGAGGCAGAAUGAUUUCCACUACGUCUUGCAAGUGGCCUCCCACUUCCACCGCCUCCUCCAGAAAUGUGGGGCACGUUGCCAGAGCCACCGCAUGCUCCUCUGUAAUGUGGAGUCAGACCCCAGCAGCCAUCAGGAUGUCAGGCUGCUGAGCAGCCUCUUUCCUACGGUCAGUCGUGACAGAACUGGAGAGAAUCCUGACCCCAGCCUGAACCAGUUCGAGAAGGAGAAGCAGGACUAUGUCUUCUGCCUGGAGCAGUCACUGUUGAUGUACAGCCCAGAGUACAUCCUUCUUGUGGAAGAUGAUGCUGUGCCAGAGGAGGAGAUAUUUUCUGUCUUGCAGCACCUCUUCUCAGCCCGGUUCUCCAAGCCCUACCUCAGAGAUGCUCUCUACUUCAAGCUGUACCAUCCCGAGAGGCUCCAGCGCUACAUCAACCCUGAGCCCAUGAGGAUCCUGGAGUGGCUGGGCCUGGGCAUGUUCCUGGGGCCGGUGCUGAGCUGCGCAUACUGCUGGGCCGCGGGGCGGGCGGGCCCUGGCUGGUGCCUGGUGGCGUUCUUCGCCCUGUACAGCAUGGCCCUGUCGGAGCUGGUGGGGCGGCACUACGGGCUGGAGCUGCGCCGCCUGCACCCCGCGCUCUACAACGUGGCGCCGGCCAGCGAGUGCUGCACGCCCGCCAUGCUCUUCCCCGCUGCCUCUGCCCGCCGGGCCUCAGGAUACCUGCGGGGGCUGCGCUGCCGCCGGGGCUUUGCCAAGGACACCGCCCUCUACUCACUGCUGCGGGGCAAGGGCGAGAAUGCCUUCGUGGUGGAGCCCAACCUGGUGCGGCAUGUGGGGAUGUACUCCAGCCUCCGAAUGAACAGCGACCCGAAACUGCUGUGAGCUGCUCCUGCCCUGCCACACAACAGCACCCAGCGCACUCGCCA